AUCAAGCAUCAGCGGCUUCCUGUUGCUCCACCGCAGCAGCAGCAGCUUGGUCAGCUCAGCGUCUCUCCCUCUCCCUCUCCCUCCCUCCCUCCCUCCCUCUUCAUCUUCUCUGUACUUCCUUCCUAUCACCCUCAUCCAAUCCUUCAGGGCCUGCUUUCCUCGUUCCAACUGGUUGCCACUCGUUCUGUGAGCAUGAUUUCCUUUCUCACGGAUUGAUCCUGUCCUAUACCUGUUUCCAACUACAAAGCCUAGACAUUUUAAGCUUUCAGACACAGAAAACCCUGCACCAAGGAUGUCAGACUGUGCAGAAAGAGCCACUAAUGUACCCUCAGUCACUCAUGUUGAUCCGUUGAAAAGACGAAGAAGACUAUUUGCGAUCUCUCUUGCAUUCUUUGCAUGUUUAUUUUCUGUAUUGCUUGCUUGGAUGGAUAACAGCAGACAAGGAGCAAAAAGUAUUGAAAUGGGUCAAGAGUUAAAUGGAAUGUCAGCUUCUGAAAAGGAAGUGGGUCAUGUUACAAAUCAUGUACUUCAAAAUCUGUUGGCGAUGGUAGAGGAAGAGUCAGGUCAUCGAGAUGCAAGUCCAGUAGAACUUGCAGAGACUCAAACUACUGGAGCAAAGAAGCCUUGCGGGAAAGAGUGUUUGGCACGAAAAAAGAUCAUUGCGGCUAAAAUGAAGGCUCUGAGGGAUGAGAUCAAUCAUGAUUUCAAGGCUAUGACAGACUUCGGGCACAAAGCGGGUUAUCUUCCUCCUCCACAGUCCAUCAAGCAGCAAGUGAUGCAAGGCACUCUGCUUGGAGGCGGAAAGAGCGAUACGGGGGCGAAUGCUGUUGCUCCUCCUCCAUUUGAUCCUUCUAAAGUGUUAAGCUCCAAGUCGAGAUCGGGUUCGGAUUCAGGAAGCUCUAAAACAAGUCUUGUUAGCAAGUCAGAUAGUGCUACAUCAUCGCUCCCUUCUUCAGAUUCUCAGUCGACAGUGGAUCCGCCCCCACCUGUUCCUGACUCAUCGGGGUCGAGUGCGAUUUCGUCGGAUGACUCUGGCACGUCGUCAUUGGACUCUUCUCUGAAUGUGGACGAUUCCAGCCUUUCCCAAAGUAGCAGUGACUCCUCACUCUCGGAUAUGCAUGCCGACCGUGGAAAUUCUCAUUCAUCUCAUUCUUCCGGAGACUCUGCGUGGGCAAAAGCGUUUUCUUUCAUCAAGAAGACUGACAAUCCCGUCGUUGGCUCGAGCAACUCGCGCACACAAGUGCACAACCACCAUUCCAAGGACAAGGACCCGCUUGCAGCGGCUGAGAAUGACAAGUUUCUCCGUGGCUUCGAAGAUCCAAGAACCACAGGACUCUCUUCUACCAAACACGGGAAGCAUGAUAGUCUUUUUGAUCCUACAUCUCCUCUGAAGAAGGGAAGUGACCCUUUGAAAUCAGCGGAAAGUGACAAGUUUCUACGGGGAUUUCUUGGUGCCUAA